AUGGUGGCCUCAAAAUUCUGUUUUGCUUUUCUCUUGCUAUUCUUUCAAUCUUGGCCGUUGAUGCUGCCCAACACCAUGCUCUGGCGCCUCUCCUUCUUCCCCGUGGACUGCUCCUCUCUGAUUCUCAACAUGGCGGAUUGUUUGUCCUUUGUGUCGAGCGGGAGCAAGACGUCGAAGCCGGAAGGAACCUGUUGUUCUGGCUUGAAAACUGUGUUGAAAGCUGGACCCCAAUGCUUGUGUGAGGCUUUUAAGAGCAGUGCUUCUCUGGGUGUCACUUUGAAUGUCACCAAGGCCAUGACUUUGCCUGCUGCUUGCAAAGUCUCUGCUCCUUCUGCCACUCAAUGUGCAUUGUCUCUCAGUCCUACUGGUGCACCAGGUAUUAUUUUCUGA